CUAAAAGUGAGUGAUGGUUUAGAAUUAGAAGGAAUUCUUUGGACUGCUUACUGCAAUUCUUUUCGUAAUUUUCUUGUAAAUAUUAUAAUAGAUGUUUAGAUUUAGGUACUUAAAUGUGAUUCGUGAAAAAUUUUACUCGUUACAAUGUCCAAUAGUUCAAUUGACGAGAAAUUGAAAGGUUUGCAAGAACGGCUUCAAAAUGAAAUGCGUACGCGGGGAGAUGGUGGUUUACAGAACCAAGGUGGUCUCGGAACACCUAAGUCUGGAGGCCGGAAGUUUAGACCCCUGUUCAAUAGAGAUAUACCACUACCGCCUAGAUCACCUCAGGCAACAGAAACUGAAUUCCGUAUGCGGGAAGUGUAUAAGGUGAGUGGAAAGUUAAAUGUGGGUGGUGUGGAGUACCGCUCAAGCAUAGAUGAAUUACAACACAUGGGUGAGCUGGGCAGUGGUACAUGCGGACAUGUUGUCAAGAUGUUGCACAAACCUUCCGGAGCUGUCAUAGCUGUUAAGCAAAUGCGACGCUCUGGCAAUUCAGAGGAAACCAAACGAAUUUUAAUGGACUUGGAUGUGGUGGUUCGGUCGCAUGAUUGUCCAUUCAUUGUACGAUGCCUGGGCUGUUUUGUGACGGAUGCUGAUGUAUGGAUAUGUAUGGAAUUGAUGGCGUCAUGCUUCGAUAAGCUACUCAAACGUCUCGGUGCUCCGAUACCGGAGGCUAUACUUGGCAAAGUCACUGUUGCAACUGUGAAAGCGCUGUCGUAUCUAAAGGAGAGUCACGGUGUGAUCCACCGAGAUGUGAAGCCGAGCAAUAUCUUGUUGGAUGAGCGCGGCAAUGUGAAACUUUGCGACUUUGGUAUCAGCGGCCGUCUAGUAGACAGCAAGGCAAAGACGAGAAGCGCAGGGUGUGCUGCUUACAUGGCUCCUGAAAGGAUAGACCCGCCUGAUCCCAGUAGACCGGACUAUGACAUUCGAGCAGAUGUGUGGUCUCUUGGUAUAUCACUAGUUGAGCUCGCCACCGGAGUGUUCCCAUAUAGAAACUGCCAAAAUGAUUUUGAAGUCCUUACAAGGGUAAUAGCAGACGACCCCCCCCAGCUGCCAGAUACCAGCGAUUUUACGCCUGAAUUCAAGUCUUUCGUAUCUCAAUGCCUAACAAAGAACUAUCGUCAACGUCCGAAGUACCCGAAGCUUCUGGAACAUCCUUUCGUAGUGAAAUCAUGUCGCAGUAAUGUGUCAGUGGAGGAGUGGUACGCGACUCUACCGAAGAGUGGUGCUCCGCCCUCGCCCGCUUCCCCCAACGGACACUCGAGCCCGCCAACUCCUCAGCCUGUGAGGAACUUCGUCACCAGCGCGCACCACUGGUCUCCGGAUCAGGUCACACCAACUCCCGGACGAGCUAGAUGGGCGUCGCCAUCACAUGCAGGUGGUAGCAGCUCGCAGCCGGCCAGCUUGGAGACAGAUUUCUCCAACCACUCUCCCUACCCCAGGCGCAGGACGAUAGAGGCGUGUGCGUCGCCUCCGCCUCCGCCUGUACGCAGAGUUUCAGCAGAGAACCGCUGGAGGGCGUCACCUGCUAGUUCAGGCAACACUAGUCCUAUAGUGCUGCAGAGGUUCUACCAUCAGAGUCAGCAGAGGAGAUCCAGGGUCGACCUGCAUUCUACACCUAGGCAUAGAAGUUUAAGCAGAGAACACAGCACAGGAAGAUCUCCAGAACCUCCACCAAGAACUAAUAGACAUCAUAUGUUAGGACAUGACGCGAAUGGCAGCUCAGAACUGGAACCCCCUCCAUUACACGAGCGGUUACAUCCCCCCUCUCCACUACUGCUUAGUGACAGAUUGUCAGAAGGUCGUAGUCAGAGUCUGACGCGAGCUGAAUUACGUAACGGGUAUCGAUCUGACGUCGCAGCGCCGAACAAACACCACGAUGAUCAAGAUGGGGCACGAGCGAGAGUUGGAGCGUUCCCGCGUCUCCCCUGCCGCCGCGAUCAGCGCCCUCGCGUCCCACCGACUAGCGCCCCCUCACAGAGCCCGCUGGCGCAGGGCUGCGUGCUGCGCCCGGGGACUCGCCCUGUGUGGUGCACCAGUCAGGCGGUCUCACCGCGCCCCGCCUGGGCAGAACCCCGCCCUCUAUCACGCCGUGACCCACAAACUGUGCACUCUUAGACCACCUAUGCAUUAUUUGGUUAGCCGAGACAGCGGUCGAUCACAGCCGUAUUGUGGUCACUAUUGUGCUAGUUUGAUAUUGCUAGCGUUUAGUAGACAGCUGAUAUCGUCUCGGUUAACCAUUGUAUCGACAAUGUUUUGAAUGUUUUCACUUGGCUUCUACAGCUUUAAAUAUACACUUUGUUUGGUUAAUAACUUCAAGUUUAUGAAUUUAUGGCAAAGCUUCUCACGUUAUCUGUAAUUGAAAAUGCGCGCGAAAUGUAUUGACAGUUUAAAAAUGGCGGAUUCACUUGUAAAAAUGUGUAUUUUUGAAAUAUAUUUAAUCGCGGAAUUAUAAUACUCGUUGUUAAAAUUGUUCUCUUAAUAAAGCUAAGUGAAAACAUAGCUUAAUAUUAACUAAGACCAAUAGUAAUGGCUGUAAUUUUCGUAUCGCGUUCGGUAUUUUUACAUUUGGUCCUUCGACCUUUGGACCGUGUUUGCGUUAGUUAGGAGAUCGGCUAGCUAAUGUUGUAACGACUGAAGUAUAUACUGUUCGGGCUUAAAUAUUUUUUUAAAGAUAUAAGAUUUCGAUAAACCAAAGACUGUUCUUUCAAUUCUAAUCUUUUUCUGUAUAACUUCUAUAACUCUGUCUUUUAAUGUCUGUGACUGUGACGUAAAUUAAAUUGUCUAUGGUCGUCGAAAUCUUUUAUAUCUGUCAAUUGUUGUAAAAUGUAUUAUAGUGUUUUUUUAAAGCGACAAAUCCUUUAAAAUUGUGUGAAAGUUAAUUGUAACCUCGGAGUAAUGAAAGUUUAUCUUGAAACAGCACUGUGUGGAAUGUAAGGUCGGUUUGGUGUUUGAAUAUUAUAAAAUACCUAAGUGCAAUUCACAAAUAGCGAUAUAUUAAGCUAAAAACACCAAAAAGUUCAAGACAAUUACGUUUUAAUGUAAAUAUAUUAAUAAGUUUCGCUUAUAUUUGAUAAUGAAGAGAUUUGCGCUAGGGUUAGUAUGGCGGAGGCAUUACGGCGAGCGAAUUUGAAUCUUAUGUACAAUAGAAAUAGUGUAUAAUUUUGCUAAACAUCAUUGCUUGUUAAUUCACCUUGUGCGAAAAGACUCUUAAUUUAAUAUUUUUCUUGCUAAUUUUCAGUACUAAAGAGACAAUAAAUAGAGUCGAAUUCGAAAA